AUGAGCCGUAGCCGGCGGUCUUCGUUUGGCCAUCAGCACUACCAGCAGCAGUUCAGCGUCACCUCCACUAUCAACUACGACGAUGGACUGUGCGACGGGUCCGGACCGAGCGGUGGAGCGGGCGUGGUGCAGACCGGGGGUGCCACGUCUUCGCCCUCGCGCUUCAGCGAAUCGUCCUACUCGAACCUGGGAUCCCGCCUGACGGCGUAUGUGGCCGGGCAGGGUACACUGACAUUGCCGCCACCGCCAUCACUGUCAUCCCAUCCACCCACACUGCCCGCCUCAUCCUCGUCCUCCGUGUCCUCCGUAACGGACCGGUACGGACCGGGUGAGGAGACACCCUUGCGACCUUGCUGCAUCUCUCCGGCGUCCGCCUCGACGGUCUCCAACGGUCAUGCCGUCUCUUCCGCCAGUGAUCGCUACUCGACCAGCUCCGCUCCCAACUCCAUCAUGUAUCCGGAGGCGCGCAAUGGACCACACCAUCGAUCUAUGUCGCCGGGAUCCAGGACCCGAUAUCCUGUUCCGGAGCGUUUUCGCGACCCGCCUGCGUCGGCACCUCCACAGCAAACUGCCCCGUCGAAGGUAGACCAGUUCGGGAACUAUCUGAUGAGCAAUGCGCCCCUUCUGACGACGUCCGAGAGUUACAACUAUCUCACAUCGACCGUGCAUACCCCGGUGAAACGGUACAUCCCGACGCCGCCGCCACCGGAGAGCUUCCAGCACGAGCCGACCCCGCUCGGGCCCACCCUGAUGGCCGGUCUGAUGGCAUCCGGCGGAGGGAUCAACAUCAUCAACCACUCACAGACGAGUGCGUCCUCUGGACCGGCGUUGCUCAAAACGCUUCAGCCGUACCGGUUGAAGACGAAGCCGGACGGAGGCGUUGGAAUGAUGGGGGAUGUUGACACCACAGACCAUUACGCCACACCGCCCCGGGCACGCCCUGUCACCGGGGCAAAGUGUCAGCAGCAGCCGAUCUGCACCUUCUCCGGGCAAACGACGGGCACCCUCGGACGUCAAUCGUUACAACCGGAGUACACCAUGUUACGCGCGACCACUCCAGUUAGCAUCAUGAGCGAACCGAUGGUCCUCGGCCAGCAGGUAUCAUCGGACGAGGAACAAUGCUAUCAGUGCAACAGCUUGCGCCAGGCUACCGGUGUCCACCAGACCACACAAACAUCCGGAGGGCCCAUUAGCCCUCAGCCACUGUCGAUUUCCUCCGUGUCGAUGUCGGACAUGGAACGCCAGUCACCUCUCAGCCCACCGUCACUUGUGUCACACGCGUCAUAUACCCACCAUCAUCAUCACCAUCAUCAUCAUCAGCAUCAUCAUCAGCAGCAGCAGCAACCGCAGCAACACUACACACUGGCAACUCCGGGCGACGACGGUCGAAAUGGACAGCAGUCGCUUAUCAUUGCUCAGUCACAUACGCUUAACAGCUCCUGCAGUAAUCCAUCGAUCAUCAUCCAAUACCAACAUCAGCAACACAUCCAAGCGCAUCAGCAGAUCCAGCAGCAACCAUUGUAUCAGCAGCUGCAGCAACUACAACAGCAACAUGCCCAGCAUCAGCAACAGCAACAGCAGCAGCAGCUGCAAAUGCAACACGCUCAACAACAAGCUCAACAGCAGGCUCAACAGCAGGUGCAGCAUCAGGCUCAACAGCAACAACAGCAGCAGCAGCAGCAACAACAACAACAACAGUUGCAGCAUAUGCACCUCCCAAGACUACAGCCAGACUCGACACCCUCGACGCUGCAGCGCAAUGUUCAGGCGAUACGUCAGCAACGACUGUCCCACAAGCAGCGUCUCAAGGAGUAUCUACGACGCAGCACAUCCCAGUUCUUCGGCGUCGAUCAGAUGAACGAAGAGUACGAGCAGCAAAAGUGGGAAGAUCGACAGAAGCGGUUCGCGGUUCGUCGCUUCGGAUCGCUCAAGGACGAACUACCUGCCGUCGCCCGUCCGAACGAACCACAUGCCGACAUUCCGCAUGAUCAUCUCACGCACAGCGAUCGACCGGAUGUGUUACCGGCACAAAGCCAGGAUGAGCCCGAAACGGAGCAGAACCGGCGUCAGCGAUUCAACCCCUACUAUCGGCAUGAUGGUUCCGAGGAGCACUUGGUCGAACGGAAGCCGUCCGUCUCGCGCAUGAUGGCCAACGGGUUGGUGUUUGUGGUGCAGAGUUUACGCAAUCGUGUGCCACGGCGGCAGAAGCAGUGGUCCCGUAGCUUCGCCCCGGCCCAUGUUGCCCUCAACAACGAUGACAACGAUAUCUACGAUGGGCUGACACCGGUGCAGGAGGACGAGAUGUUCUUUGACAUACUGGGAACGGGUCCCGGUCAGCAGCAGCCGGGCCAACAGCAGCAACAGAUGCAACAGCAACAGCCGGAGCAGGACCUGGGAGGCAUCGACAAUUCACAUCAGAUUUACAUGCUCGAGACGGACCGGGCGAUGGUCAGUAACGGUGGGUGGAGGACACGAACUGCCGAACAGCAGCUACUACACCUUCAACUGCAGGACCGAGAUGGUGUAGCUGGCCGGGGACGUCACGCAAUGUUCCAGUUCUUCUACGGGCAGCGAAUCCCCGGGUCGAUCCUGGAAAGUGUGCUCGAUAACUCCCGUCGGCCACCGCGACAUUGUAUUAAACUGUUGCGUCCAAAUGCACUCGACGAACGGUACGACUAUAGACCGUUCUUUACGUACUGGGUGAAUACAACGCAGAUAUUGGUACUGCUGUUGACCCUGUUGUGCUACGGUGUAGGUCCAAUCGGUAUAGGAAAUGAACAGAAAAGCAGCCAGGUGUUGGUCACCAGCUUGAGCUUACAAACGGUUCAACAUUAUGAGCAGCGAAAUAUCUGGAUAGGACCAAGACGUGACGAUCUGGUGCAUCUGGGGUCCAAGUAUGGCCCGUGCAUGCGACGAGACGCAAGGAUUAUGGAUCAGAUAGCGAAAACGCGUAAACAAGAGCGUGAAACGGCCUGCUGCAUCCGAAACGAUGACUCCGGUUGCGUUCAGAGUUCCCAGGCGGACUGUUCCGUACGUGGUUUAUGGCCUACGACCAUUUCGACGUGGAAAAAAUGGUCCCCCGGUGACUCUGGACCGGGCGGGCGCAUCUCCGGCAGUGUCUGCGGACUCGAUCCGAAGUACUGCGAUGCACCUGCCUCGGUGGCACCGCACGAGUGGCCGGACGACAUCACCAAGUGGCCUAUCUGUCGGAAGAACAAUCAGUUCACCCAACGAUUCCGCUUCAAGGACCACACGGCCGAGCAUAUGGUCUGCGAGGUGAUCGGCCAUCCGUGCUGCAUGGGCAUCUCGGGCGAGUGCCGCAUCACAACCCGCGAGUACUGUGACUUCGUUCGGGGUUACUUUCACGACGAAGCUUCCUUGUGUUCACAGGUUUCCUGCUUGAACGAUGUGUGCGGUAUGUUUCCAUUCAUCGUCACCGACCUGCCCGAUCAGUUCUACCGGCUAUUCACGUCGCUCUACAUCCACGCCGGUAUCGUUCAUCUCAUAAUCACUGUUGCCUUUCAACACAUUCUCCUUGCGGAUCUGGAGCGUUUGUUGGGAUCCCUGCGGACGGCGAUAGUCUACAUUGGAUCGGGCAUCGUUGGCAACCUUACCAGUGCCAUUUUCGUACCCUACAAGGCCGAGGUUGGUCCGCUACCAUCGUUGGCGGGUACCUUGUCAUCGCUACUCGUACUACUCAUCCUGUGCCACUGGCGAAACCUGAAGAAGCCACAGUACGCCAUGCUGAAGAUGCUCUUCCUCGGCUGCCUGCUCUUCGGCAUGGGGACGCUACCGUGGCAGCAGAACUUUACCGGACUGAUAUCGGGACUACUCUUUGGCACCACGUUUACCCUAGCUCUUACCCCAUACCUCAGCUUUACCAAGUACAGUAGGAAAGGCAAGAUAAAACUAGUGUGGACCUGCUUCGUGUUGCACUUCGUGAUGUACGCGUUCAUAUUUCUGGUGUUCUAUCUGUUUCCGACCAUCUUCUCGCUCAACUUUCUCGACGGUAAUCAAAUCGCUAGCAUUAACGACAACAAUGGUAUGCACGAUCACUUCAAUCCGUACGAUACCUUUAACUACUUUAACGGUAAGCACCCGGACGGUGGUUCGGCACUGCCGGGCAGCGAUGGUGGUAGGCACGGUGUUGGUGGGGGAGAUGUAGGUGGCGGGGGCGGCCGGAUCAAGGAGUAUGAUCGAGGCGGAGGUGGAGGAGCAGGGGGUACCGGGGGAGGUAGUGGAAAUCGAUACGGUGGUAACGGAGGAGGUGGGGGUGGCGGCGGCGGCGGAGGUGCUAUUAGCAUGUCGGGCGGCACGAUAAAAGCCAUUAAUCCCAAAUACAAUAAUAUAAAUAGUAACGGUAAUCUUAACAAUAGUAACGGUAAUCUUAACGCUAAAUCCAAUAUUCAUAGUUAUAAGAUGGUAGCUAUAUGUGAGAAGGGACAGUGCAAUCCGCGUCCGAACGCAUGACGUCGAUGUAUUUUAUGCUCGGUUACCACAUCAAUGCAAUUGAUUUCUGUAUUAUUCAUCCCUAUCACAAUUAUUGUACCGUUACUCGAUAACGAAUAUAUACCGAUAUACCCCAUAUACUACGUGAAAAAUGUGAACAGAUGCAGGACAUAGUAAAACUCGAAGGAGAAAAACCAAACGAACAAAAAAAAAAAAUCAUUACCAAAACUUUAGGCAAAUCGUCUGCGGAAACAGGGCAAAAUCGUCUACACGUGUCAGUGGAACGCUGGAAAGGAAACGCUAAGGAUGAGCGCAUGGAAAAUCGCAAAAAAAAAUACGAAAAUUGAAUGAAAUAUAUAAUGAAGAACGCAUGGUGUU